UGGCGGCGCUGGAGGAGCCGUCCGUGCUCGUGCCCGCGCCUCUGUGGAACCGCCGGGGCCGCGCCCCUGCCCGCCGCCUGCGAUCCCCACGGGCCGAUGCGGGUCGCCGGGCAGAGGGGAGCGACGUAGCCGCUGCCAGUGCCGCCGCCUCGGCUCGGCCCGGCCCGACCCCGACCCAGACCCCGACCCCGCCCGGCGCGAGCCGGACGACCGGCCGUCCUUCGGCGGGGCCAUGGCCGAGCGCGGGUGCCCGCUGGAGGCGGUGCCGUUACCCGCCGAGGUGCGGGAGAGCCUGGCCGAGCUGGAGCUGGAGCUGUCGGAAGGUGACAUCACUCAAAAAGGAUAUGAAAAGAAAAGGGCAAAGCUGCUUGCACGUUACGUACCACUCAUUCAAGGAGUAGAUCCAUCCCUACAAGCGGAGACUAGGAUCCCCGGGCCCUCACCAGCCACGGCCCCCGCGCCCAGACAGCAGAAGCCGAGGCCCAGCCACGCCCGGGACGAGCGCUUCAGGUCAGAUGUUCACACCGAGGCUGUGCAGGCAGCUUUGGCCAAAUACAAAGAGAGGAAGAUGCCCAUGCCUUCCAAGAGGCGCUCCGUCCUCACGCACACGUCCGUGGAGGCCUACACACCCCCAGACACGUCGUCCGCCUCAGAAGAUGAGGGCUCUUUACGGCGACCCGGGCAACUCGCCUCCGCUCCGCUCCAGAGCCAUCCCAGCGUCGAGCCCUGGCUCGAGCAGGUCACUCAGGGCUCGUCCACCUCCUCCUCCGCCUCCUCCACCUCAUCUCACCCGGGAGGGCAGCCUGCCGCCGCGCCCAGCGCCGCCGCCGCGCCCGCAGGCCCCGCGGCCCUCGCCCGCGUAGAUCUGCACUCUGCCCCUCCCGAUGUCACCACGGGCCUCGCACAGCAUCAGCACGCCUCCUGUGAGCGUCCACAGCUGGCUUCCGCGACAGGAGUCCCUCGGGGGGGCAGCGGGCGCGCCCUAGAGACGGCAGGUGGUGAGCAGCCCCUCUUCCUGCUUUUGAGACAGCAGAGCACAGGUGUCCCCGUGAGCAGCAGAGUGUCCUCCAAGAUCCAGCAGCUUCUUAACACCCUGAAGAAACCAAAGCGUCCUCCCCUGAAGGAGUUCUUCGUGGAUGAUUUUGAGGAGCUGUUGGAAGUGCAGCAACCAGAUCCAAGUCAGCCGAAGCCUGAGGGCGGCCAGAUGGCAGUGCUGGAAGGGGAGCUGCUGGCCGUGGGCAGCACCUGGCCACCGUCGCUGCUGGCCGCCUUGCAGCAGUGGGGCACCACGCAGCCCAAAGCCCCGUGCCUGACAGCCCUGGAUACCACGGGGAAGGCCGUCUACACCCUCACCUAUGGCAAACUUUGGAGUCGGAGUUUAAAACUAGCUUAUACUCUACUUAAUAAACUGACUAAUAAGAAUGAACCACUACUUAAACCCGGAGACAGAGUGGCGCUGGUGUUUCCUAAUAGCGACCCCGUCAUGUUCACUGUUGCGUUCUAUGGGUGCCUCCUGGCAGAGCUGGUUCCUGUCCCCAUCGAAGUGCCACUAACAAGAAAGGACGCUGGCAGCCAGCAGGUCGGGUUUCUGCUGGGCAGCUGUGGCGUCGCCCUGGCCCUGACCACGGACGCUUGUCAGAAAGGCCUGCCCAAGGCCCAGACGGGAGAGGUGGCGGCCUUCAAAGGUUGGCCCCCCCUCACCUGGCUGGUGAUCGACGGGAAGCACCUGACUAAGCCCCCCAAGGACUGGCACCCAUCGGCACAGGACGCGGGGGCCGGGACCGCCUACAUCGAGUAUAAAACCAGCAAAGAAGGCAGCACCGUGGGGGUGGCGGUGUCCCAUGCAUCCCUGCUGGCACAGUGCCAGGCUCUGACCCAGGCAUGCGGCUACUCGGAAGCUGAAACAUUAACAAAUGUGCUGGAUUUCAAAAGGGAUGCCGGCCUGUGGCAUGGAGUGUUAACAAGUGUCAUGAACAGGAUGCACGUGGUCAGCAUCCCGUUCGCGCUGAUGAAGGCCAACCCACUCUCCUGGAUUCAGAAAGUGUGCGCGUAUAAAGCCCGGGCCGCGCUGGUGAAGUCCCGCGACAUGCACUGGUCGCUCUUGGCUCAGCGAGGUCAGAGGGGCGUCAGCCUCAGCUCCCUGCGCCUGCUGAUCGUGGCCGACGGCGCGAACCCGUGGUCCAUAUCCUCCUGUGACGCGUUCCUCAACGUCUUUCAAGCCAGAGGGCUGAGGCCCGAGGUGAUCUGUCCCUGCGCCAGUUCUCCGGAAGCGCUCACGGUGGCCAUCCGCAGGCCGCCUGACCUGGGGGGCCCUCCUCCAAGAAGAGCUGUGCUGUCGAUGAGCGGCCUCAGUCACGGGGUGAUCAGACUGGACGCGGAAGAGAAGCUCUCGGUCCUGGCGGUUCAGGACGUCGGUCAGGCGAUGCCUGGAGCUAACGUGUGUGUUGUGAAGGUGGAGGGGAUCCCUUAUCUCUGUAAAACCGAUGAAGUUGGAGAAAUCUGCGUCAACUCCAGCGCGACGGCGACAGCGUACUAUGGGCUGCUCGGGAUCACAAAGAACAUCUUUGAGACUGUCCCAGUCACGGCAGGGGGCGCGCCCAUCUCCGACAGACCUUUCACCAGGACGGGGCUGCUGGGCUUCAUCGGGCCUGAUAACCUGGUCUUCGUCGUGGGCAAGCUGGACGGGCUGAUGGUGGUGGGGGUCCGCAGACACAACGCGGACGACAUCGUGGCCACCGCACUGGCCGUGGAGCCCAUGAAGUUUGUCUACAGAGGCAGGAUCGCGGUGUUCUCCGUGACAGUGCUGCACGAUGACCGGAUCGUGCUGGUGGCAGAGCAGCGGCCUGACGCCUCAGAGGAAGACAGCUUCCAGUGGAUGAGCCGUGUGCUGCAGGCCAUCGACAGCAUCCACCAGGUGGGCGUGUACUGUCUGGCCCUGGUUCCUGCGAACACCUUGCCCAAGGCCCCUCUAGGAGGGAUUCACGUUUCUGAAACCAAGCAGCGCUUUCUGGAGGGGAUGCUGCACCCGUGUAACGUGUUGAUGUGCCCUCACACGUGUGUUACCAACCUUCCCAAGCCUCGCCAGAAGCAGCCAGAGGUCGGACCAGCCUCCAUGAUCGUUGGGAAUCUGGUCGCUGGGAGGAGAAUCGCCCAGGCCUCGGGGAGGGAGCUGUCUCACCUGGAGGACAGUGACCAGGCGAGGAAGUUCCUGUUCCUGCCCGACGUGCUGCAGUGGCGGGCCCACAGCACGCCCGAGCACCUGCUCUUCCUGCUGCUGAAUGCCAAGGGCACAGUCACCAGCACCACCACCUGCAUCCAGCUGCACAAAAAGGCUGAGAGAGUGGCCGCUGCUCUGAUGGAGAAGGCCAGGCUGACCACCGGGGCCCACGUGGCCCUGGUCUACCCCCCAGGGGUGGACCUCAUUGCCGCCUUCUACGGCUGCCUGUACUGCGGCUGCGUGCCCGUCACCGUGCGGCCCCCGCACCCCCAGAACCUCACCACCACACUUCCCACCGUCAAGAUGAUCGUGGAGGUCAGCAAGUCUGCGUGCGUACUCACGACGCAGGCCAUCACGCGGCUGCUCAAGUCCAAAGAAGCACUGGCCGCCGUGGACGUCAGGACCUGGCCGACCAUUCUAGACACAGAUGACAUACCCAAGAAGAAGGUGGCCAGCAUCUUCAGGCCCCCGUCCCCAGACGUGCUCGCGUACUUGGACUUCAGCGUGUCGACCACGGGGAUCCUGGCGGGUGUGAAGAUGUCGCACGCAGCCACCAGCGCCCUGUGCCGCUCCAUCAAGCUGCAGUGUGAGCUGUACCCCUCCAGGCAGAUCGCCAUCUGCCUCGACCCCUACUGUGGCCUCGGCUUUGCCCUGUGGUGUCUGUGCAGCGUCUACUCGGGACACCAGUCGGUGCUGGUGCCCCCGCCGGAGCUGGAGGCCAACGCGUCCCUGUGGCUGUGGGCUGUCAGCCAGUACAAGGCCCGCGUCACCUUCUGCUCCUACUCGGUGAUGGAGACGUGCGCCCGCGGCCUGGGCGCGCAGACGGCGGUGCUCAGGAUGAAGGGCGUGAACCUGUCGUGCGUGCGCACCUGCAUGGUGGUGGCCGAGGAGCGGCCCAGGAUCGCGCUCACACAGUCCUUCUCCAAGCUGUUCAGGGACCUGGGCCUGCCCGCGCGCGCCGUGAGCACCACAUUCGGCUGCAGGGUCAACGUGGCCAUCUGCCUGCAGGGCACGGCCGGCCCGGACCCCACGACCGUCUACGUGGACAUGAGGGCACUGCGCCACGACAGAAAACAAGUAAGCCCGUCGUUGGGCAGGACAGAGGCAUCACGUCAGCAGACAUGUCCCGGGGGCCACGGUGUGUACCUGCGGCUCGGGGUCCCUCCCAGCUUUGGAGCUGGGUCCCAGUUCUGGAUCCUCAAAUGCAGCUUGAGGGUACGUUUGGUGGAACGGGGUUCUCCGCACAGUCUGCCAUUGACAGAGUCUGGAAAGAUCCUGCCUGGAGUGAAGGUCAUCAUUGCCCACACCGAGACCAGAGGGCCCCUUGGAGACUCGCGCCUGGGGGAGGUCUGGGUGAGCAGCCCGCACAGCGCCACGGGGUACUACACGGUCUACGGGGAGGAGGGGCUCCACGCGGACCACUUCAGUGCCCGGCUGAGUUUCGGAGACACCCAGACCGUUUGGGCAAGGACGGGCUUCCUGGGCUUCCUCCGAAGGACAGAGCUCACCGACGCCAGCGGAGAGCGACACGACGCGCUGUACGUGGUGGGGUCUCUGGACGAGGCGCUGGAGCUGAGGGGCAUGCGCUAUCACCCCGUCGACAUCGAGACGUCAGUGAUCCGGGCGCACAGGAGCGUCGCCGAGUGUGCCGUGUUCACCUGGACCAACCUGCUGGUGGUGGUGGUGGAGCUGGAUGGGCUGGAGCAGGAUGCACUGGACCUGGUGGCCCUGGUGACGAACGCGGUGCUGGAGGAGCAUCUCCUGGUGGUGGGCGUGGUGGUCAUCGUGGACCCAGGCGUCAUCCCCAUCAACUCCCGCGGGGAGAAGCAGCGCAUGCACCUGCGUGACGGCUUCCUGGCCGACCAGCUGGACCCCAUCUACGUCGCCUACAACAUGUGAGCGCAGCGCACACCCUGGCCCUGAGAGGGGCCUCGGGACGUGUCGGAGGUGCUGGGACGCGUGGAAACACGGCAGCACCUGCAGCCCCCAGGGAGAGGACCCCAGGCUCUGGGAGCGCGGUGCCCCCGCCUCCUACGCUCUUACAGGUCCGUGUCAUUUUAGAAACCACUUCCUGAGUUAUUCAAAGAACUCUCUUAAUUAUCAAGGACAUUUACAGAAGCAUGAAUCUCAGUAUUUUAACAGAUGGGGUGACUGGGAAAGAGGCCUGGUGUGGGCGCCGCGGGAGCUGCAGGUGUGAGUUUGCACUUUUUUAGGCUGAAAAUACAGUUCUCAAUUUUCAAAAUUCAACUGUUUAUUCCCACUUCAAGUGACGAGUUCAUGUAUAGAGUUUACGCUAGGAGGAAUUUGAGGCCCAAGUACAGCUGCUUCGAUUCUGAUUCACAGGAAAGCGCAGAGCCCAGAAAGGCUGGUGGACAGGAGUGAGCCUAGCCUGGCCUGGCCGCCCUGCCCACCUUCGGGCCCCAGACCAGGCACUGGACGCACACGCUUCCUCUCUUGAAACAGGUCUGCACGGCUGUCUGCUUGUGUGGUCACUAACGCUCGACAGGGGCCAUCUGGGGCCGUCAGGUGAGGUGCUCUGUUCCGGAAAGAUAAACCAGCACUGAGUUUUAAACCACUUUCUAAGUUUCUGACUUCUUGCUGUUCAACUGAAGUGCUUGUUUUCAUAACCACAGUAUAAGCUCUUCUCACUGCACGGAAGUGUACUGAAUUAUUAUUUUUAUUCCACGUCAACAGAUGUGGAAGCCCCGGUGAGGUGAGGUUUUCCUUCCUCGGUGAUGUCUGCUGAGCACCGGCAGUACAGCCGAGGGGCCCAGCCCAGGAGAGCCUUGCCCAUUGCUGUUGCAUUUUGAGUUGUGUGCCUGUAAAAUUUGGCCAAAUCAUGUUCCGUUAUUUUAUUCUAACUUGACCAGACUGAGUGGUAUAAUAUUAUAGUAAGUCUAAAUCAAAGAAGAAAACGUGGUAUCCUUUAGUUACUUCUAAGAACUUGAAGUGAAGCUCGAAUCUAAGGCAGAGUAUUUUUGUAUCGCUAAUGAGUAUGUUACCAGCUGUCGGGGACUGAGGGUGGGAAAGUUUACGAAUCAUGCCUGCUUCCUAGACAGCCAGGUUUUUCUGGAAUUAGCCUGGAUCAGUGCCUAACAACGUCGUCAUUAAUUCUCUACCAUUUGAAAUUCUCCACCAAAAAGGCCGGGCUAACUGGGCCAACUCUCACGUGUGACUCAUGUUUGGCUACGAGUAGCUUGCGCUCAGUAGUUGUGGGCCUGCGGCGUUGGCCUGCAGUGUGGUGUGUAACAACAUACUGGAAUUUGAAUAAUCUUCUUGUAAUUAUGUACAUAAUCUGUGUAACUUAUUGUUGGACAUACAGAGGUCCUAGUAGUUGACUAAUGGGCAUUCCUUAUAACAGAAUGGCCAUCAGGGGAAGAACUACCCAGCCUUGUAUGUUGUAGUUUUAUAGCAAACACAUAUUGUAAAAUUUUUGUAUUGAAAGGUCGGUGGCAGUAAGACAAGGUGUCUUGUAAAUUAAGAUUUUAAGAAGCAUUAAAAUGUUUUAAAAUUACUCUCUGGGAAUUCUGUAUAUCACACUAAAAAUUUUAUAUCAUUAUGUUAAUAAAGUUAUUGACUGUUUGUAAUUCUGCAUUCUGAAAUGUGUGAAAAGGUUUUUAAAAUUACCCCAAAUACGAUGUAUUUUAUUAUGCAUUCUUCUUUCCUGAAUAUAAAAGCAUUUAUGCUACAGCAUAAAAUCUACAAAGCAUAUUAAAGUAUAAAGAAGAAAAUUUAAAUCUCCCAUAAUCCUACCUCUCG